CCACCCGCACACACACUGACACCCCCACACACACACUGACACACACUGACGGCCCGCAGGACAGGAGCUGCAGCGGACAUGGCCCGGGCGGACGCCCAGUACGUCCUCCCCAAUGACAUCGGGGUGGCCGGCCUGGAUUGCCGGGAGGCGUUCGCGCUGCUGUCCCCCGCGGAGCGGCUCUACGCCCACCACCUGUCGCGGGCGGCCUGGUACGGGGGCCUGGUGGUGCUGCUGCAGACCUCGCCCGAGGCCCCCCACAUCUACGCCCUCCUCGGCCGCCUCUUCGAGGCCCGGGACCCCGAGCGGCUCCGACGGUCGGCCCUGCGGGAGGGGCUCACCGAGGAUGAGUUUCAGGCCUUCCUGGUCUAUGCCGCUGGCAUCUACUCCAACAUGGGCAACUACAAGUCCUUCGGCGACACCAAGUUCGUUCCCAACUUGCCCAAGGAGAAGCUGGAGCGGCUGGUGCUGGGGAGUCAGGCGGCCCAAGAGCACCCUGAAGAAAUCGGGGAGCUUUGGCGCACCUGCAGGGACCCCAUGUUUUCCCUGGAACCCCGGCAGCGCCAUCUGGGGCUGGGGGACGAGGGCAUCACCACCUAUUUCUCCGGAAACUGCACCCUGGAGGAUGCCAAGCUGGCCCAGAGCUUCCUGGACGCCCAGAAUCUCAGCGCCUACAACACUCGGCUCUUCAAGGAGCUGGAUGAGCAAGGGAAGCCCCGCUACGAGGUGCGGCUGGCCUCGGUGCUCGGCGGGGAUUCCGCUCCGGACUCCGACGUGACCCCGAAGCUGAAGAGCUCCGAGUUCAAGGGGAGCCACUUCCGGGUGACCCGAGGGGACUACGCUCCCAUCCUGAAGAAGGUGGUGGAGCACCUGGAGAAGGCCAAGGCCUACGCAGCCAACGGCCACCAGGAGCGGAUGCUGACCCAGUACAUAGCGAGCUUUACCCACGGUUCCAUCGAAGCGCACAAGGAGGGGUCAAGACACUGGAUCCGGGACAAGGGGCCCAUCGUGGAGAGUUACAUCGGCUUCAUCGAGAGCUACCGUGACCCGUUUGGCUCCCGGGGAGAGUUCGAAGGUUUCGUGGCGGUGGUGAACAGAUCCAUGAGCGCCAAGUUUGGGCAGCUGGUGGAGAGCGCGGAACAGCUGCUGAGGGAGCUGCCCUGGCCCCCUGCUUUCGAGAAGGACAAGUUCCUCACCCCCGACUUCACCUCCCUGGACGUCCUCGCCUUCGCCGGCUCCGGCAUCCCCGCCGGCAUCAACAUCCCCAACUAUGACGACAUCCGGCAGACCGACGGCUUCAAGAACGUCUCCCUGGGGAACGUGCUGGCCGUGGCCUAUGCCACCAACCGGGAGAAGCUCACCUUCCUGGAAGAGGAGGACAAGGACCUCUACAUCCGCUGGAAGGGGCCGUCUUUCGAGGUGCAGGUGGGCCUGCACGAGCUGCUCGGUCACGGCAGCGGGAAGCUCUUCGUGCAGGACGAGACGGGAGCGUUCAACUUUGACCGGGAGACGGUGAUCAACCCUGAAACCGGAGAACGGAUCGCCAGCUGGUACCGGAGCGGCGAGACCUGGGACAGCAAGUUCAGCACCAUCGCGUCCAGCUACGAGGAGUGUCGGGCCGAGAGCGUGGGCCUCUACCUGGGCCUCAACCCCCAAGUGCUCCAGAUCUUCGGGCUGGGGGGCCCCGAGGCCGAAGACGUGAUCUACGUGAAUUGGCUCAACAUGGUGCGGGCGGGGCUGCUCGGCCUUGAGUUCUACACCCCUGAGACGUCCAGCUGGAGACAGGCUCACAUGCAGGCUCGAUUUGUGAUCCUGAGGGUCCUGCUGGAAGCCGGAGAGGGCCUCGUCAGCGUCGUCCCCACCGCCGGCUCCGACGGGCGCCCGGAUGCCAGGGUCCGCCUGGAUCGCAGCAAGAUCCGCUCGGUGGGCAGGCCUGCCCUGGAACGCUUCCUUCGCCGACUCCAGGUGCUGAAGUCGACGGGCGACGUGGCCGGGGGACGAGAGCUGUACGAGGGCUACUCGGCCGUCACCGACGAGCCCCCCGAGCGCUUCCUCACCCUCAGGGACACCGUCCUGCUGCGCAAGGAGGCCCGCAAGCUCAUCGUGCAGCCCAGCACCCGCCACGACGGUUCAGAAGUCCAGCUGCUGGAGUACGAGCCCACCGCUGCCGGCCUCAUCCGCUCCUUCUCCGAGCGCUUCCCCGAAGACAGGCGGGAGUUAGAGGAGAUGCUCACGAGCCUGGCCCGAGCCGAUGCCCACUUUUGGAAGUGCGGCGCGGAGACCGUGCCCGCCGAUAAAGCCUGAGGACAGCUGCGUGGCCCCUUCCCCAUUAAAGCAGUGCUGGCUGCCA